UCCGCCAUUGUUAUCGUCUCACUCGGAAGCUCAAAACAAUGGAUUCUCACGAGUAGAACGAAAGCAUUUAUUCACUAUGCUCUCCUCUACGAAACUGCAACCGCCCAAACCUGCAAUCUUCGUGAAUCCGAUCAUCCAACAACCAUUCAUCGGUAAAAGUCCCCCGUUUCGCCGCCGGUACACUCUCCGGCAAGCUUCUCUGCGAUUCGCCAAGGUCUCGGACUCAAUCGCGUCUCCAUUGUACUCGAAUCCGAACGAAUCUUCCGGUCUAACUUCUUCCGUGGGCCAGCCUCCUCUCCAACUCUCGCAAUGGACGCUCACGCAGAAACACUUCGUCUUGCUCAACGUCGUCGCUUGCGUAACAGCGAUCUCAGCAUCAUGGCUAUUCUUAGCUGCGAUUCCUACUCUUCUGGCUUUCAAGAAAGCAGCAGAGUCUGUUGAGAAGCUUUUGGAUGUAACCAGAGAAGAGUUACCUGAUACAAUGGCUGCUCUUCGCUUAUCCGGGAUGGAGAUCAGUGACUUAACUAUGGAGCUUAGUGAUCUAGGGCAAGGUAUCACUCAAGGUGUUAAAAGCUCAACGCGGGCUAUUCGCGUGGCUGAAGAUAGACUAAGGAGGUUUACAAACAUGAAUCCAGUAGCUUCAAUGCAGGAGGUGAUGCAUCAGACCGAGAGAAAGGAAACAGAACCAGUGGUGGCUAAAGCGGCGAGGAACUUGAGGGAAGGGAUCGUUAAGGGACGUUCUUUAUUACAAUUGUUCUUCACGAUCACUCGCUUCUCCAAAACUGCCGCAAGUUAUUUUGCAAAGCGAGUUAAGCAGUAGAAGGUUUAUUAUAGUCACUUCAUUUUUCACUUGCCCUUUUCCAGAAACCGAAUCUAGCUAGUGUUUGUAGCUUAAGAAUACUCUAGUUUGAUUAUUAUGAAACUGCAAAGAUGAUCUUGAAUCUUGAGACGCAAA